AUGGCGGAUUCAUACCCUCCCUUCACGACCAGACCCUCCACAAAGGCUAACACCAUACACAGAAACAAUAGUAGUAAUAACUACACGCGCCGCUUUCUUGGUAAGUUCCUGUUUUUCACUUCCUUUCUCAUUGCAAUGCCGUUGUUCCCUUCCCAAGCUCCAGGUUUCAUCAACCAGAAAGUGCUCAACAAGUUUUGGGAACUUCUCCAUCUUUUGUUCAUUGGCGUUGCCGUUUCUUAUGGCUUGUUUGGUCGUAGAUCAAAUGCUGAUAAUGUUAGUCAUGAUGAUUCUCACUCGUAUGCUUAUGGAAUUUCCCAUUUUUCAUCUGUUUUUGAAGAUGAUUUUGAUCAUUCCGUGUACUAUAGUGCACAGGGUAAAGUUGGUUCUUUUAAUGUUAAAAAUGAUUAUAAACCCUUGGGGUUGCCUGUUUGGAGCUUAAAAUCCAGGGUUGAAUUUGGCAAUGGAUCAAGUGAGUUCUCUGGUGCAAGUGCGGUGGAUUCGUUAAAUAGUUCUGAUAAGUUAGAAGGUGAGAAGUCUGGUGAUUUAGGGUUUGGAAGUUUGGAAGGGAAGUAUAAUGCGAGUGAUGUUUUGGGUUCGCCGAUCCCUUGGCGGCCGAGAUCUGUAAGGAUGAGACAAAGAGUUGGCGGCGGUGCCACUCGGCUUUCUCAUUUUAGGCCUCUCUCGGUUGAUGAAACUCAGUUUCAAUCAAUCAAAUCACGGUCUUUCCAUUUCGAACUCAGUCCACAUUCACCGAGUAGCUUAUCGCCCUCACAUUCUAGUUCAUCGAAGUCACUGAUUUCCAAUGAAUUGAAGGAAUUCAGUGACAACAAAAAGGAUGAUUCAUCAAGUGGUACUAAAGAAUGGAUUUCAGGCUAUGCCCUGAAAUUUGAUGCAAAGCCUGUGGCUCCCUCUAAAGCUUCCUCAAACGAAAGCCGUUUCGGGCCUUUAGAGAUAGUGGCAAUAGCAGAGGUGAAACAUCUUGGAAGUAACUCUGACAUACAAAACCCAACAUUUUCCAAGAACCAGAACCGAGAACAACCAGAGUAUUCGAGGUCGGUGAAUUCGGAUGAAGAAACCAUGGCCGGGACUUUGAGUGUAGCUGAAAGUGAUAGUUAUGAGGUUGAUAGGAAGGCUGGUGAGUUCAUAGCCAAUUUCAGAGAGCAGAUUAGGCUUCAAAGAACAUCAAUUGAUUCACUAAAAGGGCUCAACACAUGGUAA